CUCGGGCUCCCUCUGAUUCUAGGAAAGAUCCAACACAGCAGAAGAGCCCUGCAGCCCAGUGAGGAGCCCAGCAUGUUCCUGAAGGCUGUAGCCCUGACCCUGGCCCUGGUGGCCUUUACUGGCACCCAGGCGGAGGUCAAUGCAGACCAGGUGGCCACUGUGAUGUGGAACUACUUCACCCAGCUAAGCAACAAUGCCAAGGAGGCUGUGGAACAGCUGCAGAAGUCAGAGCUCACCCAGCAGCUCAACACCCUCUUCCAGGACAAACUCGGGGAAGUGAACGCAUACACGGAAGACCUGCAGAAAAAGCUGCUGCCCUUUGCCACAGAGCUGCAGCAGCGCCUGACCCAGGACUCCGCGAAGAUGAAGGAGGAGAUUCAGAAGGAGCUGGAGGAUCUGCGUGCCCGGCUGCUGCCCCACGCCCAGGAGGUGAGCCGGACCAUCGGAGACAACAUGCAGCAACUGCAGGAGCGCCUGGGGCCCUACGCCACCGAACUACGCACCAAGGUCAAUGAGCAGACCGAGCAGCUGCGGCGCCAGCUGGUCACCUACGCACAACGCAUGCAGCGCGUGUUCCAGGAGAAUGCUGACAACCUGCAGGGCUCCCUGACGCCCUACACCGACGAGCUCAAGACCAAGAUCAACCAGAACGUGGAGGAGCUUAAGGGACUUCUCACGCCCUACGCUGACGACCUCAAAGCCAAGAUCGACCAGAAUGUGGAGGACCUGCGGCGCAGCCUGGCCCCUUACGCGCAGGACAUGCAGGAGAAGCUCAACCGCCAACUCGAGGGCCUGGCCUUCCAGAUGAAGAAGAAUGCCGAGGAGCUCAAGGCCAAGAUCUCCACCAGUGCCGAGGAGCUGCGGCAGAAGCUGGCGCCCGUGGCAGAGGAUGUGCGCAGCAAACUGCCUGGCAACAGCGAGGACCUGCAGAAGUCGCUGGCCGAGCUGGGUGGCCACUUGGACAGGCAGGUGGAGGAGUUCCGUCGCAAUGUGGAACCCUACGGGGAGACCUUCAACAAGGCCUUGGUGCAGCAGGUGGAGCAGCUCCGGCAGAGCCUGGGCCCCUAUGCGGGGGAAGUGGAAGGCCAUCUGAGCUUCUUGGAGAAGGACCUGAGAGACAAGGUCUACUCCUUCUUCAGCACCUUGAAGGAGAAAGAGAGCCAGAUCCCAGCCCUGCUCCCCAGCCUCCCCCAGCAGGAACAGGUGCAGGUUCUGCCCGCUGCCCCCGUAGAGAGCUGAGCUACCACUGGGCCCCCAGCCCUGGCCCUCCCAGCACCUGCCCUGCCCUGCCACCUGUCUGUCCAUCUGUCCCAAAGCGCUUCUUGUAUGAGCUUGAGGGCACAUGUCCUGUGGCUGGUGAUGCCCCCUCUCACUAUUCAAUAAAGC